AUGGGGGAGCAAAAUUGGGGAGCAGGAGGAGCUCCUGAUGAGUUCCGCGCUUUGGGAAAAUUUCAUAGGAAUAAUCCACCAGCUUUCACGGGUAACCAUCAUCCAGAGGCUGCACAUGCAGGACUCAAAAGUCUUAGUGAGAAGAAAGGGAAGCGACACUUUCGAGGGAAACUUUAUGUAACUCCAGCUGACAAAGGGAAACAAAAGGCUUCAGAUGGGAAGAAGACAAGUGGGGGAGGGGCUCCCGCUUCUGUCAAGUGCUUCAAGUGUGAUGAGUUGGGCCACCGUGCUAAUGAAUGUAAUAAUAAGGUUAUGAGAUGUUAUAAUUGUGGAAAAACGGGUCAUCGUGUUGCAGAGUGCAAGAAUGAUGGUCCGACUUGUUACAAUUAUGGUGAACAAGGUCAUAUCAGUAUGCAAUGUCAGAAGCCAAAGAAGACGACCGCUACUGCUGCCCAAACCAAUGGUAGAGUGUUUACUUUGAUUGGUUCAAAGGUUCCCAAGACAGAUAACUUGAUCAUAGUUACUUGUUUCAUUAUCAAUGUUGAGUUAAUUGCUAUUAUUGAUACUGGUGCUACUCAUUCAUUUAUUUCGCUAGAGUGUGGUACGAGGUUGGGUUUAAAAUUAUCUUCUAUGGUUGGGAGUAUGGUUAUCGAUACCCCCGCUAAUGGUUCUGUGACUAUUGCUUUAGUCUGUUUGAGUUGUCCUUCGACCAUUUAUGGUAAUAAUUUUGCGAUGGACUUGGUUUGUCUACCUUUACAUCAAAUCGAUAUUAUUCUUGGAAUGAACUGGUUGGAGUUCAACUAUGUUCAUAUCAUCUGCUACAGAAAAACCGUGAGGUUCCCAGAGUUUGGUGAUUGUGGAGAGUUAAUGUUUUUAUCUGCUAAGAAAGUAGAAGAACUCUUUGAAGAUGAGGCUUAG